AUGUCACUGAUAAACGCUGCGAUCGAUGAAAUUGGGAUGACCCCAUUCCAAUGGAAGCUCUUUUUCUUCAACGGGUUCGGGUAUGCAGUGGACUCGCUUCUGAUUGUUUGCCAAUCAAUUUCGCAGCCAGCUGUAGACCUGGAGUUUGGGCGACCAGUCAAACAGAUUGCUGGUGUCGCACUCGCAUCUCAGGUUGGACUGCUAGCAGGCGCCGCGAUUUGGGGUUUCACUGCGGACAUCAUUGGGCGGAAGCUAGCGUUUAAUACAAGUCUUUUCAUCUGCGCGGCUUUCGUUUUGAUCGCCGGUAGCAUGCCGGACUACUACUCUUUCUCCACCAUGGUGGCCAUAUACUCGGCCGGUGCUGGCGGAAACUAUAUCUUGGAUGCGACCAAUCUUUUGGAGUUUUUGCCCGUCAAGAAUGCCUGGCUUGUCACAUUCAUGUCCAUUUGGUGGGCUGUCGGUUAUACCGUAACCGGUCUGUUCGCAUGGGCGUUCAUGAGCAACUUCAGUUGUCCCUCGACCGCCACCGGACCUGCUGACUGUCUCAAAUCGGAGAACUGGGGCUGGAGAUAUCUCCACUUCACUUCCGGCAGCCUUGUUCUCGUUCUCAGUUUAGCGCGUGUGCUCUUUGUCCGUAUGAAGCAAACACCGCGUUGGCUUAUCGCUCAGAACAGAGAUUCGGAUGCGUUCCAAGUUCUCCAAGAUCUUGCGAUUCAAUACCAGCGUCCAUUCUCUCUUCGUUUGGAAGAUCUCGAGGUCCAAGGCAGGGUACUACACACAGAGAUGUCGAAGUGGUCUUCACUUCGUCUAUGGAAGCAUGUAGGAGGCCUCUUCGAGACCAAGAUCCUCGCAUGGUCGACCAUUGUAAUAAUCGCCAAUUGGUUCGUGAUUGGGAUGGUUAGCCCUCUAUACUCGACCUUCUUGCCAUACUACCUCGCGAGUCGGGGAGCUGAUGUAUACGGUACACCUUCUAAUUACACCACGUGGAGAAACUACGCCAUUAAUCAACUUGCGGGAUUGGGAGGUCCGAUCAUUGCUGGGGUCUUGGUUGAGAUGAAGUUCUUUGGGAGACGAGGCACCCUUGCUAUGGGCGCGCUUCUCACCAUGGUGCUGCAAUUUGGCUACACUCAAAUUCGCACUCCAGCUCAGAAUGUUGGUGUGAGCGCAGCAAUCACUGCCGCAUCAAACAUAUAUUACGGCACAAUAUACGCUUACACACCCGAAAUCUUGCCAAGUGCGCACCGCGCUACUGGUUACGGUCUUUGUGUCGUGCUGAACCGUGUUGGUGGUAUCAGCGGUGUUUUGAUCGGUAGUUACGCCAACGUUCAGACGACAGCACCGCUCUUCGUCUGCGCUAGUCUUUUUGGACUCCUGGUGGUAUUGAGUCUUUUGCUUCCAUUCGAAACGAGGGGCAAGCGGAGUGUCUGA